AUGAAGAUUGAGCUACCGCGUUUCAAGUUGACAUUCAGCGCCAACGAUAACGCACAGUUCGAGUCGGAGGAGCACAAAGGAUACGUUUUGUCAACGCGCCAGCAGCUCGAUGAUUUCUUGCCCCGCUUUAGUCAGUACUUGGUACUGGAGCUGAAAGACAUAUCCGACACGUCGAGGGCGGUAUACCGCAUACUUCUUCCGGUUGGUCCCGUUGAAGAAAAAGGUAUGGUGGUUAUCAGUACUUCUACUCAAGCGGAUACCCAUGUGGAUGUUGCGUGCUACGAUAUUCACCGCCGACUGAAAACGUUCGAGACUGAGACGAUCAGCGCAAGACUGCAGCUGGCUGCUGUUUGCACACGUGCUGGAACAAAUGUGCCGAGUAAGCGUUUGCAAAUGACCGGCGCCGAAGCAGCAUUAAGUUACCGCGAGCCGGCCGUCAGGAUAUUAGCAGUGACGCUGUUGCGAGAGGCUGACCGACUAGACUUUGUUUUUGGGCAGACGGAGGUGCUCGACACAGCAAUGGGAGGCACGGAUGAACAGACAGAGUAUCGGGACAUGUGUGCUAAGCGAGCGCAGCGGAACCCCUUGCGGUCACAAUUCCGAAUUCCAAUUGCUGACGACUAUGUGAAGGCUAUCGAGACUGAACUUCAGCUUUGCCUUCAGAUUGAGGCUACCACGGCAAAGGAGAUCCCGCGGCUCCCUCUGGACAGCAGUACCGCUAAAGAGCUAUGCUGGACGAACUACAAAGACGUGUCGUCUCGUCGAACUGAAGUGGAAGCACACUUGUGGCAUGUGUUUGCAACAGCAACAAGCAGUAUGCGCGAGCAACUUCUUGCCCUCGCCAACUUCGUGCCGGUGCUGACUAUUUGCGUUCUGGAAGACAAAGUGGAGAGGGUCAUCUGGAAAGCGAAACGUGGUGGCGAGUUGUCGGAUGCUCAGUUGAUUGAAGAACUCGUGAACGUUCGUCAGUGGGAAUCGAGUGAGUUCCCGCAGAUUGAUCUCAAUGCGCGCAGACUGGAAUUUAUCCGUGAUGUUUUGGACGAGCUGAAACUCUCUGGUGGCAUCCAGAUUGUUGCUCCUGAGCAUCGGAUGUCACUAGAGCUGAAGCGUCUAGAGAUAGGCACCACGAAUCCCAUAGUGAAGACGCUGGACGCAAUUCUCGAAAGCGACCAAUUUGUCGACGUAUUGGACGAAUGCGACGCACUACUCCAUCACAAGUAUCACUUGGUGUAUGCGGUGGGCACGCCAAUCCCGCUCUGUAGUGGCGUCGAGCGCUGGAUGGGAGCAGAAGCUUUACUGCGAGUCCUGGUCGACAAGUCUCCGAGUUCCCGCGUCAAUAAAGUACUGCAAGCGCCCCAUGUUUCGUGCUCGUCACCCGACUAUAUGUCGCGCUUCGGUGCCUUCGAGGGUACUCGGCUCAACACCGUCGUCGAAAGCACCGAGCCACUGCGAGACGAGUUGAAGAAGGCGUUGGUGCUGGACCUGAUUGACAACGCACCGUUCGAGUUGAUGUGGCUUAAGACGUUUGGCAGUGCUGGUGCCCGUGACUCGCUAGUUCUGGCCAUCACGGAUUCGACGUCAAGCCUGGAGGACGCACUCGGCGAUUCCAUGGGGAAGCUCUCGCCCUAUACAACUCAGCUACUAGCAUUGCGGGGCCUGGUAGCGUUCGGGGUGUUUGAGCAUUGUUUGGAGAAGCGCUAUCGGGCCAACUUCGGGCUGCCAAGUCCAGGCACUCGACCAAAGAAGAUUGCAAUUCCGUUUCGUGCGGCAGAUGUCCCAUCCGAGAGAUCGGAAUUCAGCCAUCCUGACGUCUGCAUCGUACUCACUUUGCUAGGAUAUUACCACGGGGGUACGAGCGUCAAGUCCAGAUUGAACGUCGAGGAGCAAAAGGCUCUGUGUGAUGUGCACCAUGUCAGUCUUGCCGAUGCUCGACAAUUCGAGACAUUGUGCAGAGUUUACAAGUUCUGCAUGGGGGCCAUCAACUUCUACCUGAAUACGUGCGUGUUCCCAAAGACACCCAGCAUGGCACAGCGAGAGCCGAAUGAGACGUCUCUACUAGGGACGAAUGGUAAGAUGAUUGACAAGAUUCUGCAGGUGACACACAGUUACGAGGUGCGCCCCAGUCCUCAGCGCGCAACCCUCCCAUGGCAGAGUGUUCUCCGAUUCGCAACAGACAAGGGCGCGCAGGCUCUCAUUGAUACGGGGGCACUGCUUGCUGGAGUGAUGAACAAUGACGCGGCCGAGUUUCUCCUCCGCCUAGCUGACUUCCGUUUCGCAGGCGUGACGUACUAUGACAGUCGUGAAGAGCACAACUGCUGGAUGAUUGCAUACAAGGCCCGCCAAAUUCAAGUCCCCUUGAAGAAAGCGUCCAUGCUCGAGAGGGAAACAUUUGUGAUCUUUGACGAAGCGCGCUCGCGCGGAUCGGACAUGAAGCUGCUACCUGAUGCCGCCGCAGUGCUGACGCUUGGACCAAAGCUCACCAAGGACAAGUUCAUGCAAGGAGCCGGUCGGAUGCGGCAGCUCGGCUGCAACCAAACCCUCUGGGUCGUGAGCUUUGACGAAGUGGCGCAGAGUAUUCUGCAGACCUGCGGUCAGCGUGCGCUCUCGCGUGUAUCUGCCGUUGACGUGCUCAAUUGGAUUAUGGACAACACCAAAACAGAGGCCAUUCGCGGCCUGCUCGAGUGGGCUGGUAAUGGGAUUCACUUCCGGAAGACGCAGUUAGACGCAGGCAAGGAACUGGUCGACGAAAACUGGUCGCUAGAAGAGCUGUACCAAGGGGAUCUGCAUGCUGACAAGAUUGCUCAAGUGAUCAAGCUCAAGGCUCACUCUGACUUUAAAGACUCGAUCGAUGAAUUGUGUGAGCGAGAGCUCCAAGUGGAGGAGGAAGUGCAACAGGAGCGAGAAGUCCAAGUGAUGAUAUGCACUGCAGCGAGGGAGAAGGCGUGGCCGUACCGGAAGAUUCUGCGCGCCCAAUCAGUCGAAGACCUCAACGGCGUCGUGCAAGUCUUCGGAACCGAGAACUUCUUCGCGACUGUCACGGCGAGGAAGGGGCUGGAUCGGAUGAACGAAUUUCUACGUGUGAUUGAUGUCGUAUUGAUCUUCAAGAAUGGACAGGCCCUCCUGGUGUCCGAGUGCGAGGCAGACCACAUCUUGGAGCUGCUGUGGGCGAAACGUGGCGACUCGAGGGCCUGCAGCUUCAGCUUCCACACCAAGAUUCGAGCUGCUCACCUGGCUCUUGGCUCCUGUUUGGGUCUAGAGCUACCGCUGCUGCCGAUCAUUGCGUGCCAGGUCUACAAUGGUGAGACGUCGCUGGCGAAGCAUCAGCAAGAUGUUGUGGAGCCCGCGUUCCGAGAGUUUCUCCGGCCUUUGGCGCAGCGAGAGGCAGCUCUGAGCAACUUUGUCAAGUCGCGUGGCAACAGCCACAAGUGGACGCGCUCGUUCCUGCACGAGUUGUGCUGCCGCAUGGACCUGGACGAGUGCAAGUGA